CGCGUCGCGGGUGCGAAUGGUCCCCGGAGGCAGAUGGAGAACGCAAGUGCGGAAGAAGACCGCGUGUCCCGGAGAUUUCGAGCGGGGGUGACACCUGGGCGACGUGCUCCCGAUUCUCUGGAACUCUCAGGGGCAGCGGCGCGGCCACGCCGAAAUAAACUUUCCCGGGUUAUGUAAAGACCGGCGCCUCCGCUUCGUGCACCUCGCCGGUAUAAAGGUCGGCUUUGCCCCCAACGGUCCGAGAGUUGCUCGCGAACUCCACGCCGGCAAUCAUCGAGAGAGGCGAGCGACACUCUACAUGUGACGUUGUCUGUUUGCUUGCCUGCCUUUUUGUCAGUAUUAUUUAUUUCACUUAAAAAAACGCCCGUACUCUACUCGACUCAAGGCGCUUCGCUUUUCGGGCACGUGCAUUGUAAUCAUAACAUAAAACACGUGAGUCCAUCGUCGAGCAACAUGCGUACCCUGCUGUUAAUAGCCCUGCUUGGAUUGGUUCACGGUCAAUUCUCUCCGGAACCAGAGAGGCUCGUCAGCUACGCACGCGAUCUGGGCGAUUCCCGCGGACAUUAUUCCUUCGCUUAUGAAACGGCGGGCGGAAUCAUCCAACAAGAGACCGGCAGUCGCAAGUACGCCGGCACCGAAGACGAGGCACAGCUGAUCCAGGGCUCCGUUCAGUACAACGCGCCGGACGGAACCCCUAUCUCCAUAAGCUGGACCGCCGAUGAAUUCGGCACCCAGGUAGCCGGAUCCCAUCUCCCCACCCCGCCGCCCAUCCCACCGGAGAUCCAACGUGCCCUGGAAUGGCUUGCUAAGCAGCCCACCACUCCGGAACCGAUCGAGAAAGACAAUCCGACGCAAAAUGCUGUGCCUCGCGACAAUCGCCCGCAGAGAUUCUUUUCGAAUAAACGAAACUAAAUGCGCGUCCUCGAAUUAAGUCCGCCCAUAUAUUUGCCGCAUCGUAAUAUAACAUUCAAUAAACUUAUAUUUUUAUAGAAACUCUCCCAAGAUACUACUGUUUCAUUGGAUGAACUUUGAAUGAAGAUUACGUUGCUUCCUAUCAUAGAUAGAACCGAUAUCACUAAUUUUUCUACAAAUAAACAAAAAUAUUUUUAUUUUUCUUUCAUACCUCACAUAUUUUCAUUAUACUUCGAAGA